AUGGUAAUGUUUCAACUUGGACGUGAUUCGAUUCCGGAACUAAUGGCGAAUUAUGUGGCUGGAUACAUGCCCUACAUUUUGGACAGCAAGUGUGCUACAUAUACGAGCACACAAACAGCUUCCAAAGAAAGACGGAGAUUAUUCAUCAUACAAUUGCCACGGCUGUGCAAAAGAAAAGAAGAAAGACAAAAAGCUGCCGCCCUUGCCUACUAUCAAGUUUUGUGUUCUGAGAGAAGUAAAACCAGAGUUAGCGGUUGCUCCGGUCUCAAAACCGUCUAUUGCCCGCAACAAAGUGAUCGAAAAAUAAAAAGUAUAUUUGAUAAUGAAAAUGAAUCGACUAAGAAAGCUAUUUUGAGUGAAGUGAAUGGUAUUAAUCGUAAUUCAAGACGGAGGCUCUUUACCCGAGCGACUGAGAAAGCCGGUCCUGGAGUUGACCCUGGCUUUUUGUACCCAUUUUUGUAUGAAUCCUUUAUUGAUGCAGAGCACUAUUGUUUACUCGAUGAUGGAAAAUGUAUAAUAUAUGGUUCUGCUCAAAAUGCUCGCCGCCUAUUCACAGAAUUGAAACCUGUCACUCUUCAUGCCGAUGGUCGCUACAAGCAGUUGCCAAAACGAUUACGACAAGGAAAAAAAUCGCAAUGGUAUUCAGUCAUUGCAAGUCUUGCCUCUGGACAUACUCUUCCUGUUUUAUUUGCAUAUAUACCAGAUGGGACGAAAGAAACACUUAAAGAAGUGUCCAGGUGUUUGGCAAAACUUUUCGAUAAUGUGGGACUACUUCCGAAUCUUCGCCAAUCUGGAAUAUAUAUGGUAUUUGAUUUUGAAAUCGCCGCGAUCAAGGCACAGGAAGAAAUCUUGAAUCUACCCGCUAAGGGCUGCGCAUAUGACUUCCAUUGCGCAAUUCAACUAAAAACUCCGUAUGUGCUCAAAUCUUUAAAAAACGUGCUAGUGCAAGACUAUUUGCGUCGAAUUGGGGUGAUUUACGCGUUACCAACUCAAUAUCGCCACUUGUUUGAAGCUGCUAUCCAGGAUCCUGCAUUGACUGCACUAGAAAAAGCCGCUUUACUUUAUUUUGAAGACUAC